GGUUUAGGCCCCCAGUUUACCGUUUCCAACGGCGCGCCUUUGUGCCAUGGCCUUGGCAAGGCGAUUGCAAAUCGCCGCUCGGCACUUUGGAAGCUCGGCGGAGGCUGGCCCCAUCUCGGUGCACAAGGGUCUGAAGAUCCAGGGGGCGCUGUGUGUGGAGCGGCCGCCGCUCGAGGCGCUUGAGGCCAAGUUCAGCCGGAGCUGGCGGCUCUUCAAAGAGGCGUGGGAGUUGCGGACCAACAACCAUUUGACGUUGGAGGAUGAGAUCGUCUUCAUGCGCUUCCACUUCCACUUCUUCCAGGAUAAGUCUGCCACCGACGCCCUAGCCAGCGACGUGGUACGGCUCAAAACCCUGGCCCGAGGGGGCGGAAGGAGCCGUCGGCGUGGCCCGGUGUCUCAGCUGGCCUCCUCCAGCGCCAGCACGGAGCAGCUCUUGGCGUCCAUGGGCCCGGCCAGCAAAAACCUGAGCUCGCUCUUGGAGGAGCAGGGGCUGGAUCUGGAGUUCCCGGAGCUGGGCCGAAAGGCGGCCACGCGGAAGAAGGUGCAGCGCCAGAAGGAAGAGGCGGUGGACGACUCGGACCGUCGAUCCCUGAGGCGCCUGAGCAGCAGGUCAUUGUUCUUGCUUGUCCGCUAUGACCCUGCGAAGCGGUGGACCUUCCCCAAGGCAGACCGGGUCCACGGGCAAGCGAUGAGAGAGACUCUGCUGGGCCUGGCGCAGCAGCAGUUGGGGCAGGAGCUGAGGCCGUGGCUGGUGGGUGCUUGCCCUUUCUCCUACCGGAAGCGAUUCAGCAACCUGCACUGUGGCAUUCAGGGCCGGAAGAUCUUCUACUACCGCGCCCGGCUAGUGCCCGGCUCAACGGUGCAAUUGCCGGACAGCACCCCGGUGGCUGACUGGGCCUGGUGUGCCCGACAGGAACUGCAAGAGCUCCUGGACGAGGGCGAAUGGCAAGCCGUGCGAGACUCCCUGCCGCUGGAUGACGUCAGCGAGCUGCUGACGGAUGCGCCAAGGCUCAGCGCCUAAAAAGGCGAGAUCCGCC